AUGAAGCUCACUCUAGACAACAGACAGAAGAUCUUCACAAGCGCUGUAAGGAUCGCACAUUCAUCUCAAGUGAACAUCUCACCCUGGGCUAACUACACUCAUCCCCAGCCUCAACACUUCGUUGCUUACACACCAUCCACCACAUUUCUUCCGACCAUGAGACUCAUCAAUGUCAUAACGCAGAAGCUAGAGGACUUUACAGGUCGUCCACCCCCAAAAUACGCUAUCCUGUCUCACACAUGGGGUACCGAGGAGAUCACCUUCAGUGAGAUGCAAUCUCAGCCUGAUACCAGGAAGGCUGGUUUGGAAAAGAUCCUUCUAUCCUGCAAUCAAGCUCGGAUCGACGGACAUGACUACAUCUGGUGUGAUACUUGCUGCAUCGACAAAAGCAGCAGCGCUGAGUUGUCGGAGUCUAUCAACUCCAUGUUUCGCUGGUACCAGGAAGCUGAAAUAUGCUACGCUUUCCUCGAAGAUGUUCAAGACGUCAAAGACCUUGCAUGCGCCAAGUGGUUCACGCGUGGCUGGACUCUUCAAGAACUCAUUGCGCCCAAAAGCUUCGUGUUCUUUAAUAGCGCAUGGCAAUACGUUGGUACCCGAGAGAAGUUGGCAGACGAAAUUGCGGAAACUACUAAGAUUCACAAGUCUUUUCUAAGCGGUUCUGUCAGCAACAUUCAUGAAGCGGGCUUUGCCAAACGAGUCGCUUGGGCGGCGAAUCGCACUACGACAAGGGAUGAAGAUAUCGCGUAUUGCCUCAUGGGUCUCCUCGAUGUCAACAUGCCGCUGCUUUACGGGGAAGGAGGUGUCAAAGCAUUUAGAAGAUUACAAGAAGAAUACCUCAAAGUCCAUCCGGAUCAGUCGUUUCUCGCGUGGCUUCUUCCUCCAGGUAAUGGAGGGCCAAGGGUCUCAGAUGGUGAACUUCUCGCCAGUCAUCCCAAAGACUUUGGACAGUGCAAUGGGAUAUCUCUGGCAAGUGAUGACGCUACUCCCUUCACUCUGAACAACAAAGGGCUGCAAAUUCGCCUACCACUAUUCCAGAACAGGAGUACCGAUGCCAUACGAAGUCCGGAGUAUUUCGCCAUUCUCGCCUGUUAUUCAGACGCGCAACCUGAGUAUCGUAUUCGCAUAUCCCUGCGUGCUGUGGAAAGAUCUGCCGAAACAUUUGCUUUCUUACCAAGUGGCGAGCACCAUCCUGUCUCGGCUGACGAGUUUGACGCUGCACGUUUGACGAACUGCUUUAUACUCAGAACACCACCGCCUUUGACUCCCCGGUUACUCUCGGUCAAUGACUUACCCGAAUCAUUGGUAUCAUGGAAACCAAAGAUCGUUAAUCUUAAUACUUGGACUUGGACUUGGGAUUGUCUAAGCAAGCCUGAAGGUUCGAAAACUCCAUUCUUCCGAGUGCCAAAUCAACGAGAGAAAGCCAGCUAUGCGGUCGUUCUUCAUCCUCCGUCUCCAUACUCGGGCCAUACGAGCAGUGACUGUGAGAACACAUCGUAUUUGAAGGUUCUGAUUCGAGUGGACGUUGGAUUCGAGGUGCGAUAUGAAGUAAAUGUACGCAUCCAACUCUUCCAUGUUGUCAAUAAUGAGAUCUCUCCAGAUUUGGAGGACUUCGCCAGCAUACCGUCCGCAGAGAUACUGUCGAAUUCGCGCUCUCGAACCAUUUCCAUACCUACCCAACUAUCAGAAACAAUCCAUGCAUCGGCCUCGUGGAAGCGUAAUUCGAGCCAAGACGAAUUGUCCGUGAAGAUCAAUCUGGCAUCAGUCGAUAGGCAUUGUGUGCAUGAACUGGGCACGCUUCCGAUGAAUGCAUUCAAGUCACUUCUCAGUAAAGACCCAUUGGUACAUGCUCUCUAUACAAUAAUAGCAAUACUGGCCUUGCCUACACUGCGUCCGUUUUAUCGAACCCCACGCACAGCGAUCACAACGGGUGCACCCAUCGUAUUCGUUUACUGUCGAUAUUGGAUGGAGAAGUUACUACGACGACAAAGUAUGGAACUAUAUUUUCGUUCACCAGUCGUUUUGUGGGUUUUUCUAACCGGUUAUGCAAUAUUCAUCGAGUACAAUGGUGAGCCCUCUUCACGAUAUAUGCCAGGCCUGAAUUGGCUGUAUGCGAUUUCGUUCGCGCUGAAAGUGCUAUGGGAUUUCAUAAAGCGCAUAGGCUAUGAAUCUACAAACAAGGAAGAGCUAUCAGCGGAGGAAUUAGACCCCAGCACUGGACUUGAAAGUCUGUUGUUAGAUGACACAAUAUGA